AUGGCGAUGGAAUCAAAAGUUCUUUCCGAAGCCCUAGUUGCCUGGUCAGCUGGACAUCUUGCUAGCGUUGACCAAUCGUACGAAACUACAGCACUUGAAGCCCGGUCGAUAGCUCUCAACGCACUUGCAAAAGCAGUGAUGUCCCCAGCGGACAGUAUCUCUUCCCACGAGACGAAUACUGCCGCGUGUUUGGUUCUUCUCACCUCUGAGGUCUGUCAAGGCGACCGAGCGGGCUGGUACAACCAUUUAAUGGGCGCCAAACAUAUCAUCGAAUCCGCCAAAUGCACAGGGCUCUCUAGCAAAGCAAUUAUAACGGGUCCCGAAGUUUUUAAGCAAAGUCCCGAAGGCCAGUGGGUCCUACGCAAUUUCGCCUAUCAUGAUGUACUGGCCAGCGUGACUUUGGGACGACCACCGUUGAUAAACGCCGAAUAUCUCGAGGGCAUCACAGAUGUGGUCGACACUUACCUGGGUGUAGCCUCAGAAGUACUCACUUUCAUAUCUGAAGCCAGUUCUCAUGGCCACGAUAUGUUAUUUGCUGUCAGCAGUCCUGAUGAGCCAGUGCCUGAGACCACAAAACAGCAAUUUGCAGCUUCUUUGGAGGCAUACCUUGAGGUGAAGCAGAAACUGCACGAUUGGAGAUGUGACGCCUCGGCGAAACCUGAGCUAGCCGCAGUGGCAUAUGCAUAUCGUAGCGCUGCCCUGAUACAUGUUUAUCGACGAAUUCGUGGCCUGCUUCAUCUCAGUCAAAGUAUGAAUCACACUAUUCAUUCCGAAGAAUACAUGAACGGUGUCAUAGCCUCCAUCAGCGCCGGAUUGAAGUUUCAAGCUGGCCAGCUUCUCGCGCAUGUCUCGAAGAUUCCGCUGAACGAUAUCCCGGAAUCGGCACUCCUCUUUCCGUUGUUUAUGGCUGGAGGUGAAGUGGAUCCAACUGACAUCACUCUACUCGAUAUGAUCCGCAAUCGUUUGAGGAUGAUUUUAGAGAAGCGCAAUUUCAUCAACGUGCUCUCUGCUCUGGAGAUUCUCGAGGAGUUAUGGGACCGCAAAACGAAGCACGCUUCUCAGAGCAGUAAUCUCGAUACUGUUGCCGAUUGGGAAGACGUCUUGAAAGCUCAAGGGGGAUUACUCUUACUCACUUGA